AUGACGACUCCCUCCGACCAAGAUUUUUAUAUUCUCAAUAUUAUUGGUGAUUUAAAGCGUUUAGUCGAACGCCCUCAAAAUCAUUUAGCUGUUGUGGAUGCAUUUCGUGUAUUUUAUAGUAUUUCUAUUGUAUUGCUUCAUAGUGUCACAUUGGUCACAAUAUUUCUUCCACCAACCGGUAUUUACAGUUGUAAGUUUACCAGUGAUCCAAGAUUUAUUCAAGCGCUAUUUGGUGUAAAUCAAGUUGAUGUAUUCUUUGUGUUAUCCGGUUUAAUGUUAGGUUUACAGUUACUUCCAUUGAUUCAAUCAUCGUCAUUCAAUCUAAAGAAAUUUUUACAUAUGAUUUUGUCUAGAAUAUUAAGGUUUUAUCCAACUCUAAUAGUAACAUUAAUCUAUACACAUUAUUUUAUUGGUGAACCAAUUGAAAUUAAAAAUAUUUUGUCUUUGCUAUUAUUUAAUCGAAAUACAAGAUAUAGUAUUAAUAAUUUAACACUCUUUACGUGUCAUUUAUGGUCUAUAUCAACUGAUUUUAAAUUUUUUGUUUUAUUUACUUUAUUUGGUUGGUUAUUGUCAGUAAUUAAGAAUAAGAAGUAUUUUAGUCGAAUAUUAAAAGUUUUAUUAUAUCUACUUUACUUUAGUAAUUGCAUUAUUUGCUAUUAUAUAUUUUCAAUAUAUCCAAAUGAUAUAGCAAAACUUGUUGGAAAAAAUUUUAACUUAUUAUUUAGUCAUACGGAGGAAACCUAUGCUGCGACAGUAAAACGUUAUAAUUUAACUUAUUAUACAAAAGCGGAGCGUAACUACAGUGAUAUUGAACAAAAAAGUAAUUUAAUUUAUUUUGAGCAGUUAUAUGUACCGGUAUAUACGAGAUAUGGAACAUUUAUUGUUGGUGUAAUUAUUGCUAUGCAUUUAUUGACGUUAAACAACAGUCAACAACAAGAACAGCAAAGCAAGGCCCGCAUAUUACUGAAAGUGAUUUGCAAAUAUGUGUUAUUAAGUAUUGGUUUUGUAAUAAUAGCAAGUGGACUUAUCUCAACAUCAAGGACAACAGAUUGCGACGAAAUUCAAACACUUCCAUUAGCCAUAAUUAUAUUUUUCUUUUGUUUCUUUAAAUUAAUUUAUGGUGCUGGUGUUGGUUUUAUCCUAUAUUGUGUACUAGUACCGAAUAAGCAUCCAUUUCAUACACCAUGGUUAAAGUAUCUAUUUUCAUUGCAAAUAUUUUAUCCAUUAUCACAAUUAUCAUUUGGUUUAUAUGUAUUUCACAUUCCCAUACUCUUAACAAUCUUUAUUUAUUAUAUUAAGCCAAAACCCGAACAAAUUACCAUUGAAUUAGCCUGCAAUGUUUUCAUUCUUACUUUAUUAAUUGGUUUUGUGGCAUCAUUAUUAAACUAUUUAUUCAUUGAACAACCAUUUCAUAGAAUUAGACAUGAUUUUUUCAAAAAAGAAAGAAUACAUAUCACUCACAUUGUUCAUAGUGAAAAGCAAGAGUAAACCAAAUAAAACUGUCGUAUAUAGAACAUUACAUUAAAGUAAAGACAGAAAUAUAGUUUUAUAUAUAUAUAUAUAUAUGUCCAUUGGGUGCUUUUCUUUCAUUUGUACUUUAAUCCCUCUUAACAAACGGAAUGAAAAGUAAAACAAAUUCAGAUAAAAUCAUUCUGUUUUUGUUCUAUCACUUUCCUCAAUAAGCUUUCCGUCAUAAUUAUCAAAGAUGUUUUUUUAAAGAGAUUGUCGAAAGUCGUUAGGUAGUCAGAUGUAUACCGACCGAAUCAAAGAUUUUGAAAGAAAGCUGAAUGAUCUAGCUACAGGAUCCUCUCACCGUAUAACUGAAAGAAACUUAACUCAUGGACUUCUCACAUAUUGCAAACCGACGCCAAAAUGUCAUCGCAAACUACCCUCUUGAAAUCAUCUGCCUUUCGAAAUUAUCUACUGAAUAUACAUGAUAGUGUGUGUACAGUUUUAAUUCCAAAAUAUAUAAAUCCGAAUAUAUUUCGGUUUCAGAUAUGCCAGGAUUCCUAUGAAAUCCUACGAAAUACUAGGAGAAUCUUAUACGACCUUACGUAGGAUCUCAUAGGAUCUUACGACAAGAAAGUGUAGGAUAAAUCUAAGAUAAAGAAGUCGAAGCACGUUGAAAAAUCAACGUGACAUAUUUCUUCUCUCUUCUCCCUCGUGUACAUGUUUUCAUUUUAUUUGUUUUUUCUCUACGUAGAGUAAUAUAUGCAUCAUAUACGAACGAUUGCAACGAACGAAAGAUGGGAAAGAAAUGAAAGCACUAUUUCAAUCUGCGAUAAUAUCUUAAUAUGCUGAAUAUCUAAUUUGUAUAACGACACGAUAACCAUUUUUAGAUAUUCAUUCAACAUAGACAUCUCUUUCAACUAUUUACUAAUACAAUUCGGUCAUAAAUAACACAGACUGCUUUGUUUGACACUAGUCAACAGAAAAUUUACAUCACUAUUUGAUUAGGAAGUGUUGAUAUUUUACGAAAAACUAAAUGAAAUCGUUAUAUCUCGUGAGCCAUCCACUAAAAGCAAUCACUAUUGGUAAGGUUCAUGAGCAUAUGAGUAGGCCCAUAAUCACAUAAGACUGGAGCAGUUAGUUAUCAUGGCUCUUAAGGUCCGCGGGUAGAGUUAGUUUUUCUUUUCGAAAAAAAAUUUCUACUAGGAAAAAAAUUCAUCUAUCAAUGAAUAAACUCGAGGUUCAUUUGGAACUGAUUGCACUUAUUGGCGGCAUAGAAACUGCUUCAAUCUAAUACUUUAUUGAGUGAUAUGAUUGAUGUUGUCCGCUAAACGUGGUUAUCAGACCGAAGAAAUCGAAAAGCAUAUUUUUGUUAAUGGAUUUUCCAGAAGCCCUUUCCGAAAACCUUAGAGUUUUUUAAAAUUUAUGUCGAGAUCUCCUAUAAACAGGAUAUAGAAUAAAAAAAUCAAUACAUUCCUAUGUGAAUUUCGGAAAAUCAAAGCUAGUUUUUCAAAGAUCUUCUGAAAAACCCGUUUCAAAAGUUUUUCUGCAAUUCAGUUUUACUUACAAAACAUGAACGAUGUCUAGGUGUUUCAGUGGACGACAGGAUAAAACGCUUGCACAUAUUCAAAGAUAUAUGCAUAUCUCAUACAAAGAUCAGUGAAAGUAUGUUAUUAUCCUGAACUCAAAUCAAUGACCCACUAAAUGAUGGUGAAUUCUUGAUUUAUUUUAUAGAUCUAAUUUAUUGUAGGAUUUAGUUGCAGAAAGCUUCGGACUAGUAACGGCAAAUUUUCAUUCGUUAAAUGAUAGAAACGAUAAUUUAACUUGUUUGAUAAAUCUUUUGUUUUUUCUAUUUUUUUGUUACCCACAUGUAUAAUGUGACCAUAAAUUGUGUUUUCUGGUUGUUGUUGUGGGUAGUUCGUUUAUUGUAUCAUAACUGGUGGUUGAAAAAUAUAUUUAUCUCUGAUGAAACUCACCAUUCUUAAAUUGCUUAAAACAUUGUUGUAGGCAUUCAUGAACGUUGAUUUGGUGAUUGGAAGUUUCAAUGGAUAACAAAUGAUUAAUAUUCUAUCUGUGAUAAUACAAAAGUCGAAUACCAUUUUUAUGUCUGAAUUUGCAGUUGUACAUAGAGAAAUAAUGUUGUGUGUUGAAUUUUUUCUAAACGACAUAAAAGCAAACAUCAACACUGCAAUUGUUUUAAUUAAAAUGUCGAUAGUAUUUCAGCACGAAAAAUCGAAAAAGAUUAAAGUAGUGGUUCUGGUAAAGAAAAUUGAGAAUUACGGGCACAAUUGCGAAUUUUUUUCGCGUGUGACUGAAAAAAAAUGCAUUUUCUCAGCCAUGAAACAGAGUUUUAAAAACGGCUCUUCAUACUGUUUUUGCCCGUGUAAAGACGAAUCAAAUGCAGUGUAAAUCAGGGCUCCGUCUCUUAACGGAAAAAACUAGAUAGGUUUGCGAAAAUUUUUGGCGCCCUUCAAGGUCUCUUUGAUUAUGAAUUUUUUAUUGGCCUUAUGAUAUUGGAUCAAGCUCUAAAUAAUAUUUCUAGAGUCUGUUUCAUACGGGGAGUCAUAUGCAGAUUAUGAAUUCGGUCAAUGAAGAAGCAUUAGAAAAAAAUGAAGGGUUGGUGAAUUAUUGAAAAUCGUCCUCAACAACGCACAAUAAUUCCCCAACUUACACAUUUCAAAACAACAUCGUCCGAAUGAUUCAAAAGUUUCUUUUAUAUAUCAAUUAAUUCAGAAUUAUCAACCGUACAAAAUAAUUUGUUUUUUGGUUAAACUGGACUAGCGAUUUCUAGAUCCAAAAUACUGAAAACAAGCACGUUUGAAAAAAAUCGGUACUCCCAGUUUUUGCCUUGUGGUCACACAGAGUGCUGGCUUUGGCUGUACCUUAGUCCACUGAUUUGUAGAGGAAAUUCUCUUUCAUAUGACAUGUAGGGGUCAAGCUGUUUCUGAAAUGUUAAACAAACGUUGAUUUCAUCGAAAAAUGGAGCUACUGGUAAUGAUUAAGAAGUUAAGGAGGGGGAUCCACCCCCAUAUAUGUACCUUCAAACUUUGUCAGUUUAAAGAGGACACCUGACUACAUAUAUCCUUAAGUUCUUUUGAUGAACUGAUAAGUAUUGGCAAAAUUAUUAAUUAAUUAAGUUUAAAUUUUAAUGAAAAUUUAAAAUCCUAGUCCCUAUUUUAAAAAAACUUGUAGCUUAGUCCAAAAGAAUCGUAGAAAAGUCAUUUACGCAUUGCUUGAUAGUCCAU